UUCUGAGAUAACCUUGCAAGUUCUAGCAGCAUUUCCCCAAGUUACUGGAGGGCUGCGCCCUCAGUUUCCAGCUUCAGCGCCUUCUGAAUCUUUUAUCCCUCUCCUUAAAAGGAACCGGAAGAAAAACUUACGGUGCAAGUGAGUGACCCAAACCUGCGCAGGCGAGGUGUCUCUCUGCCGGUCCUUAUGAAGCAGAAGAGCAUCCCGGAAGAAUUUCGGCAGGAAUUGGAGCGGUUGAAAUUGGAGCUGGCCCAGACAGAUAAACAGGUGGACUCCAAUAUGGCUCUCCUUAGCAAGACGCUGCUGAAGGAACAGAAUGAACUGGAGCAGCUGGAGAAAGAGUACUCUGAAAUACAGGAAAAGGUACGCUUGGAGGGCGAGGAAGAGAUGCGUGUGGAAAGUGGGUCUUACGAAGAAGUGCAAAUGGAAGAAUCGGAAGAGGAGCUCCUUUUUAUCAAGCUUCUCAAGUUCCAGAGGAUAAACGACGAGCUGUACGACGAGCUGGAGAAAGUGAAAUGCAAUUAUGACAUGGCCACAGGCGCGAUAUCUUCCUUGCAAAGGCAGCUAUCCUUUGAGGCAUCCCAGCUCAGGAAAGCUCACGCAGAGCGAGAAUCAUUGCAGAAGGAGCUGCGGGAGCGGGGAGCUCAGCUGGAAGCCAUGUCUAAUAAAUUUAGCAACUUGAGAGAGGAGAGGAAGCACGAAGAAAUGAUGGGCUCCAUCGAGAGAGAGAAUUACAAUCUCAGGCAGGACCUUGCUGAUCUGGAAUCCAAACUAACUGACAAGAGCCAGAUGAUUGAUGACUUGCAGAGCAACGUCAACCGGCUCCAGGCCGAGCUGUUACUGAAUCAGCACCAUGUUGGGAACCAGCUGAGCCGGGAGAACGAUCUGCAGAGGCAGCUGGAGAUCUUGCAGCGGGCAGAGCUGCAAACCAGAGUCACUCUGGAGAGCAUCAGUGCCAGGUUUGAAAGGUUUCGGAGCAGAAUCAUCCAGGCAACUUACAGCACCCCUGGCAUCAAGUCUCCCCAGGCCGAAAUCACAGACGAUGAAGUUUUAGAGUCCUUACAGGUAAAAGUAACCAUGUGGAAGUCAGAUUGUCACUGUGGCUGCAAUGCAGAAGCGGGAUGGGGGAAUGGAAUAGCUGCCUCCAUUUCUAACAGAAAGCUCCUCUGUGGAUCUGUCUUCCAGAAAAUAAUAACAGACCGUCUAGACUUUUACCAGUUGCUGAAACAGAAAGGGGUGAAAGUCCCAGCUCUGGGCGCCUCCGAACCGCUCCCUCCAAUCCCUACCUCUAAGAAAAAGAGUUCCAGCAGAUAGAGAUUUGAAAGCUAAAGUCUCUCCUCUUCACAUUCUUUCCUAACUGGGGCUUGAUCCAUUCUUGGUCAUCUUUUAUAAUUCCUUUUCCUCACUCCAAUUAAAUGAUUGCACGUAAUGUUUAGUUUCUCUCUCUCUGACCCACUUGCCGCUUCCUCUUAUUCUGCAAGAAACCUGCUCCUACUAGUGGUGUAAGUUGCUAAUAAUUUGCAUUACCACCGAAGCAGUCAUGUCAUAUCGUCACAAUAUAGCUUGAAGACUCAGCAGUAGCAACUACUUCCAAAACCACGUUAUUUAUUUUAAUUUUAUUGCUAGGGGCCUCGUACCUCGUGUUGUGCAGGAAUUCUAAGACACACACACACACACACACACACACACACACCAGUGCAGUUUUUAAAUCAGUGCUUGAAAUCAGUGCAGGGUUCAGUCCUCCAUUGUGAUUCCAAAGGUGUCUGGCUGUAUCCAGACAUGGAAGAAAACUUGCUCCUUGAUCUCAGGAACCAUCGUGCCAAAUUUGUGACAGUACCUUAAGAGGUGGCUAAAUGAACAGACAAGCAACUUUCCAAAAUAUAUAGCAGUCUGCAUUCAUGGCAUAACCUUGUGGCAAGAAAUUCUGUAAGUUUUAACUGUGCAUCAAUCUGACGCAAGUGUAAAAAUUGCUCAGGAGUAACUGUUCAGAUGAGAUAUAUUUAUAGGGUUGUAUCCAGUUAAAUCCUAAUCGGAGCGGACCCACUGAAACGAAUGGAUCUGUUAGUCAUAUCCAUUAAUUUCAGUGAGUCUGCUAUUGAGUAGGACUAACGUUGGGUCCCACCCUUGACAUUGAUGGAAUAAAUAUCAAUAGGAGGCCAGGUCAUUAUCUGUGUUCAGUAAGGCACAAAUAAAUGCACAUUUCCUCUAUUCCGUGACAAGAAACACACAUUUCAGCCUUCCGGAUUCUUAAUUGGUGCCCAGAUCCAAACAUCAACAAAAACCACUGCCACCCCACUUGGGAACCCUCAUGCAAAGUUUGGUGGCAAUAUCUCAGGAGGCGGUAUGAACUCAUGCCAAAAAAUGGGUGAAGUCACACCCAAAAUGUUUCAGUACGCUAUGGUAAUUCCAAAUGGCGCCUGGAGUUCAAACAUCAAUGCAUGCCUCAUCUUAGAAACCUUCGUCCCAAGGUUGGCAAUGGUAUCUCGAGAGGUGGCCAAACCUAUCCCAGAAAACAGGAAAAGUCACGCCAAAGUGAUGUUUCGUUCUGCCACCUUGAAUCAAAAUGGCGCACAGCAUCCAAGCAUUAAUGUAGACAGCUGUCCCCACCUCUGAACAAACUAUAUUUCCUUUGUUGUUUUGAAAAUAAAGUAUAUUAAAUAAUAAAAGUAUUAAUAAAGUUUAAUAAAUAUCUUUUUAAAAAAACUGCAUUUCCCUGGAUUCUUGGGGAGAGAAACUGUGAUUGUUUUAAAUGAUAUAAUACUGCUUCAGCUGGGACCUAGGAAAUGAGUGAUGUUUUAAUUUCUCCUGGGAUUUGGGGGCAGAUACAAAUUUGGUGUGCCUGGGUAUGGCCUAGAAAGAGUCCCAAGGGCCAUACAGAGAGGCCUGGGGAAGGAGGGGCGCUGUGUCUUGGGUCUGAGAUUACCCAUCCCUGGAAUAGAUCCAGUUAGCCGGAAGUCUUCCUGCACCUGUUUUAGGGUCCACGAUCAGCUCAAGCCUGCCUGGAGCCUCCCCUUUGCCCCACAUGAACAGGGUGCCCUGCUAAGCGGAUCACUUGCACAUCACCCAAAAGGAGGAAAGGGAUGUGCCAGGAAAGGGAGGGCACAGAUUUGCAUAUACUUUUCAUAGGCUAAUUUAUAUGAAUAGACGAUAGACCAGGGCUAAAUGAAGUGGCCCCGAGGCCUGAAAAGGUUAUGGUGCACACACACACCCGCAAUUGGAGUUCAAGAUAUCAACAACAUUAAACUGUGAAAUGAAAUUUUAAAAUAAAUAAAGCAUGGAUUUAUUGCAACGCACGGCAGGAUCUGAUUUCCUUGCGUUAUUUCGAUCUGCGUCAGUAGGAUCGCUAACAAUCUCCCGCUGUCGUGGGAGCUGCCUCCAUUAAGGCAGACCGGAACCAGGAGCCUGUCCCGCAGGAUCUCCUAGAACAUUGCUUGAAAACUGCCGCUCUGCAGGACGGAACGAGGAACUCUGGCCCACAAUCGGAAGCCCCCUGGAAUCCCGGAAGCAGAACCUUCGAGAUAUUUUGAACUGAAACGGACCUUCUCUGUUCCUGGACGCUAGGCCUGGUGCCUCCUGCCUGCAGAUCCCAGAGACAUAACAAUACCUGCCUGCAGACCCACAGACAUGCCGCCAACACCGUCCUAAUCGUGCCCGCAGCCAGCAAGAUGCGAGCUAACCACAAAGGAGGGGUUUAACUGAAAAUGCUAGUGAGCCGCCUGGCUUCUCUGCUCUGCCUCAUCACCACACAGGUCCUAAGCAAGAUCCAUGGUAAGACCCUUACGAGAAGGGCGGGGGACAAACAAAACCUAGAACCCCUUCUGUGACCGCCUUUGUAAAAAAAAAAAAUGGUUCUUAGAUUUCAUAGAAUCAAAGAAUUGGAAGGAUCACUUAACCCAAUCACCUGCAAUGCAGGAAGCACAACUAACAUUUCUUGCCUGCCCGUAAGGUCA